ACUACUCUUAAACUGUUGGCUUUCGACUGCCUGGCUUUUAUGGGUAAAAGUCUGCUCGAACGUCCAUUAACUAAAAGACUUGGGUAUCUCUGCGAAUCCCUAAUUAAACCUUACGCCGCACAUCGAAAGAGCAAUCCUGGUAUAGCUACUGGCCAACCAUUUGUUGUGGAAGUAAAACAAAUGGAGCUUUCAUAUGGCGUCCUCAAGGUCUUUGAUGAGGUAAUCCCCAAACUCAAGCACAAAAAUGAUGGGUUAAUAUUCACAUCAGCAGUAGCAGAGUAUAUUCCGGGCACUUGUGAGAAAAUGUUAAAAUGGAAGCCAGCUAAUGAAAAUUCAAUAGACCUAUUAUUAGAAGUUCAAUACCCAAAAACAAAGGGUCGACCAGACUACACAGUGAAACCACAGUUUAUCUUAAAGAAGUGGUUGCGAAGGAAUGAACACGCAUUUUUCAGUGAAAUGACUGUAACUGAUGAAGAAUGGGAGAAUACUUUUCGCAAUAUUCCGAAUCUGAGUGGUCGAAUUGUAGAGGCAGUCUAUGACCCAACGGCAGAUUCGAGAGCACCAUGGAAAUUCUUGCGAUUCCGUGACGAUAAGGAGCAUGCGAAUCAUAGCUCUGUCGUAACGAAAAUACAAGAAUCUAUAAGGGAUGCUGUAGCAAAAGAGCAAUUGAUUGCGCACGCUCCCAAGAUAAGAGAAGCAUGGAAACGACGAGAAACACAAAAAUCACAAAUAAGCCAUCCGCAAUCGUCGUCAUCAGUCGCCCAACACCAACAUCACUCACAUACUUUCUCACACUCUACAAAAUACUCCGAUUCACAGCCAGAACAAUCCCACGGGCGUGUGAAUUCUUCCAGUAGUGGUAGACGGGUGGAACACACAGAAAAAUCUUCCUUCUCUCGCCCGCAACAGCCGACUCCUCCAACGCCUAAAGGCAGAGAAGACGGACAUUCGGAACAACAUGUACACGAUUAUCGUAUGCGUCCGUUGCAACCUACACCGCCGUCGCCUCAAACUAGAGAGGAUAGUGGAAGGCUAUCAGGCAAUAGAACAACAUAUAUAGCCGGAAAGAGGCUACCUAGCGCGAUUCAAGAUAUGGAUGUAUCAGAAAGUGAGAAGGAAGAAAGUGAAAUUGAGAGUGAGGCUGAUGGUGAUGAGGAUCGGGUACAACCACGUAACAGGCGAAAAUUACAGGGUGACGACAAAGAGGGAAAGCAAAUAAGAUCGAUAAAACCAAUGCGUCGAACCAUCUCAUCCAACGGAGGAUCUCGCACAGAACGUCCUCAAACACCUUACUCUGACCCAGCCUCAUCCCUCCAAUCAUCAUCUCCGUCGCCUGAACCGACAACCUACUCACCACCGCCCGUGGUCUCCACCCAGAUAACAUCUUCAUCAAAGAGAGGUAGAUUUGGCAGAAAAACUAUACGAGUAGAUUCGCUACCACAGCAGAUAGAAUAUGAAGGAAAUAAUAGGAGAGAAUCGAGUAGUGAGAGCGAGUUGGAUGAGGAAGACAACGGUAGAAGGAGUAAAUAUAGGAGGGUUGAGCAAGUGAGCAGAGUUUGA